AUGGAUGCUCUUCUAGGACGGUAUGGCAUGAGCUCCCUCGGAGGCGACGCGCCCACGAGAUGCAGCAACGGCUGCAGCUCCAUCGACGAUCUUCAGAGACGCCUGCACGGCAUCAUCGUUUCGAAAAGGACCGAGACGCGCGCCGAGCAUGUUUCCGCCAAUUUUGAAAUGCCCUUCAACGCUCUUCUCUACCUGAAAGAAGAACUCGAUCCUGGCCCCGCCGAGGAGCUUGAGCUGCUGCAAGAUCCCAUCCCAAGGUCCGUCACCGCAUCCGAGACUAUCCUGAACCAGCCCACCGACGACCCCAAGCUACAAAGACUGGUCGCCAGGAAUAUCGCAGGCGCCUUGGGUGUCGUUGACGGAAGCACUUGGAACGUGCGCCAGGUCUCCAGAUCAGCCCAAGGAUGGACGUUCACAUAUCAGUGCAAGCACUCACUGCAGGCAUGGAAUCGCCAGAACGCCAAGGAUCCCGAGCGCCCGCCCAUCGGCACCUUCAGCGGCCCUGGUGGGCUGGAUCCUGUCAAUCUAGCUCGUCCUGCGUUUGACUGCCGUGGCACACUUACCAUUGCCUUCUCUAAGAGUAGCAGAGCAAUAGUCGUGAAAUAUGAACACACCCCUCUUCACAAGACGGUCGCAGAGCUUGUCGAACGACUUCUGCCCACACUUCCGCCACCGCCUAUACCAAACCCAAACACACCGAGUGUCAACCGAACUGCGAGGGCCAAGCGGCCACCACCUCUGGAAGGGGAAGAGAGCGGGCCCAAGAUGCGAAAGAGGAAGUCAAAGGGUGCUGAAGAGCCUCAACUAGUUAACCAGGCCGAGGUUCAGCCUCUGCCACCCGAAGCAAACCCAGCUGGGCCACAAGCGACAUCGACAUCGACAUCGAUACCGACACCGACACCGACACCGACACCGACACCGACGCCAACGCCAACGCCGACACCAGUACUACAUAUUCCACCCUUGGAGGCUGCAAGGAGAAAAGAGCUCGCUAACAAACUUCUAAGUAACAAGGGAAUAGAUCCGACUACUUUGUCCCAAGACCAGUUUGCCAUAUUCUCCAAUCAGGCACCACAUCUGCAGGAGCAGUCUUUGGAGAUGUUAGCCAAAUAUGGCGCCGAACGUCUGCGAAUUGUGCACCCCGACGAGAAGGAGCAGUCAGCUUCAGCGUCUUCGACUCCUGCUCAGCAGAUUACGCCCGCUACCGGGACGGACCGGAUUGCUAACAUAUCUACUCCCGCCACAAAUACACCAAGCAAGAAGAGGAAGCUGCCGCGAAAGAUGCCAGACGCCAGCGUGGUUGAUGAUGAUGAAGCUGGAGACGCCGACACGUCCAUGUUGAACACAGAGGGGGCGGCGGAUACUUCAACGUCAGAUCGAUCUUGGCAGAGGAAGACGAGAGGGGCUUGUGAUACGUGCAAGCUUGCUCGCAGAAAAUGUACCAAGGAACACCCCGAGUGCUCCAUGUGUCAGGAACGUGGCGAAACUUGCGUGUAUUUGCCGCCUCGGCCGCGAAACAACAGGAAAUCUGAGAUACCUGCUGAAGUAGUUGAGGACGACCAGUCAGAAGAUGUUAUUGAUGGUCAGGGGCAAACCGCCAAUGCAUCUGCAGUGCCUAUGCCGGUCAUGCCACCCGCGACCACAACCAUAACGCAGGUCGCACCAGUCACCCUAAAUAAUGAGGACGACGACUUCAUCCCUGAUCCAAACAUCUUAUCUGGACCUAUACAACAACCGGUGUCAGUGCGACCUCAGGGUGGCCCCCUUCCAUAUUACCAGCAUCCUGAAGCUUUCAACAAAAGUUUUUCCCAACCACCUGCGUCUCAUUCAACGACACAUAACAAUGCUGCCGCAUCUGGCCCUAAUUUCUCCCAGGUGCAGCUGCACAACAAUGUGUCGCAAACUUCGCCGGGAAGAGCCUACCAGGACCUACAGCCAACACAGACAAUUGAAGUGUCUCCUAAAGUCUCCUUCGCCACACCAUCAAACGCACCCCCCACAAGGCUAGGGGCGUUGAGCAACAACAGACAAAGUCUACCGACGACUCAAAACAUUCAGGCCUCCGGGAGUAGUGAUAGCAGUACCACCCAAACACAGCAGGCCUUGAGUUGGAAUGGUGGUUUUCAUUCACCAGUGUUGCCAGCAGAAAGCAGCUCACAAGUGGCUACUGCUGCCCAAGCACAGCCGCCGGCGAAGGGUCCGAGAUCGAGAAGAUCUGGUACUGAGUCAAACACGCCGGUUUUCGAUGGUUUACAGGCAGCGGCAGUGCUCUCGCAAACUCCUGUUCCUGUGCCUCAACAUCCUCAGUCGUCUGUUCUGAACAGAUCUCCAUUCCAGAAUCCCGCGCCAAAGCCGCCUUCACGGUCCAAAUCGAGGCAGGCGCAAAAGUCACAAACUCAGACUCUUGUCACCCAAACGCCACUUUCUCUCCCUAGCAUCCCGGCGUCCCACGGUACGACGUCAAACGUCUUCACAACACCAGCGACAUCAUCUAAUGCCACUUCCGCCCCCGCGUAUGACCCAUUUGCCCGGUACGAUAAUACCAACAAUGACCAGUACUCUCAGCCUGCUACCGGUCAGCCAACCCGAGUGGCAUAUGAACCACACUCGUAUACGCAGUCGAGUUCGACCUCGUCUAAUGCUUACGCUGCACAAUCGUAUGAAUAUCCUCGAAGAGCUACCAGUAACAAUCCUCUAAGCCAAGCGCUCAACGAUACGUCUAACUAUGGCAAUUCAACCAGCAGCAACACUGGCCAGUGGACAGCGCAAACCCGUUCCCAAAACAGCACACCGUCCAACGUCGGCACAAGUACUUACAAGGUCGGCGGCCACACUCAAGUCUCGCCGCCACGUUCGUAUGGAACCCGCUCUCCCCAGCGCCAAGCACCAACACAACCCCCUUCGUACAGCCAGCCUCAGCAACAACACCAUGCUGAACAGCCACAACAGCAGGCAUACAGUUCUUAUCCCCAGCAGAUGAAUACCAAUCAACAACAGAAUCCAAACUGGUAUGGCUUCAAUUCUAAUGCUAGCAACACUAGUAAUGCCAGCUAUGGCACCAGCUCUAGGAGCGCGAGCUAUGGCCGGGCAUCAUCGUCUGGAAACUCUGGCUAUACCCAAAACCAGCGCACAAAUGCAAAUGCACAAGACUACAACUUUAACCAAGAGUUGUAUGAUUUGCUCGGAACUGGUGAUAAUCAUCAAUAG